GCUUGUACGCAGACUUCACCCCCUUGUAUGCGAUCAUUCCAACCAUUCCAACUUUCAAAGUUGCUAUUAAUUAUCUAACCAUUAAAGUGAGCUUAUUGCGCUCAUGUCCUUCACAAACAACCACAAGCCACGCGCUCAUGUGAAUAGCCGAUCGAGAACCUUACCUCCUUCUUUUAUGAACAAUUCAGACGAUAUGCUUUACACUGAAAUCUCUAAUCCAACUCCUGCCAAUUACCCACUUCCACCAUCCAUUAAAGAAUCUCUUGAGGAAUGGCUGUACAAAAGUAGUCUAGGCAAUACUAAUUCUCCAGUCUCUUAUCUUCUCGAGACAUGCAAUUGUUGUGGACGGAACGACUGUGAUAGUCUUGAUAUUUUGAACAAAACAAUAAAGAAACUUGAGUCUGACACUAGACUUGCAGCAGAAAUCGGUCAAAGCUUAUUAGAGAAACAUGAGACUUAUGUUAUCGAAGCUACACAUGUCACAGAAUCAUUGCAAAGUCAGUUGGAUGUGUCCCAUGAAAAGGUAGCACGGUUAGAGCAGUCUCUUGAAGAAUCCGAAAAUUCAAAGCAAGAACUUUUACAUGAAUGUAAAAAAACAGUAUGGGAACACCAAAAAUCACAAAAGAUACUAAAGGAAACAAUGUCUGAUCUUGAGAUCUCUAAUGCAAAAUGCGCUCAGUUGGCCAAAGAUUUAGAGAUGAAGUGCAACGAGGUAGAGAAGUUGCGUGUGUUCAAAUUCAUGGUCAGGCAAUCCGACAUUAGAG